AUGGCACCACACAGCGAAGAGGUUCUUGAGGCCCCGACCAACGGUUCGGUUGCCAAUGGAUCCAGCGUCAACGGAUUCAGCGCCAAUGGAUCCAGCGCCAAUGGAUCCAGCACCAAUGGAUCCAGCACCAAUGGAUCCAGCACCACCGUCCACAACACUUACACCAACGGCGCUUCGUCGACACCCGCUCCGGCCCCUGUCGUGUCCAAGGUCCAACCGCAGAAGCCUCAGUACAAGGAGCGCUCCGCUUACCUGACGCCGAGCGAUGAUGACUCUGCCGAGCAUGACCUCAUCUGCGUGGGUUUCGGCCCCGCCAGUCUGGCCAUUGCCGUUGCCAUGCACGACGCCCUGGCCGCUGGCAAGAAGCUGAAAGCCGACGGCACCACCCCUCGCGUCCUCUUCAUCGAGAAGCAGACCAGUUUUUCCUGGCACGCAGGCAUGCUCCUCCCCGGGGCCAGGAUGCAGAUAUCCUUCAUCAAGGAUCUCGCCACUCUGCGCGACCCCCGCUCCGAGUUCACCUUCCUAAACUACCUCCACCGCCAGGGCCGUCUGGUUGAUUUCACCAACCUCAGCACCUUCCUGCCCGCUCGUGCCGAGUAUGAGGACUACAUGCGCUGGGCGGCCUCCUUCUUCGAUCCCGUCGUCCGCUACGGCAACGAGGUGCUCGGUGUCACCCGCGAUGGCGGUGCCACCACCGACGUCAAGAACUUUGUCGUCGAGACCCGCAACAUCGAUACCGGCCGCAUCCAGUCCUUCCGCGGCCGCAACAUCGUCUUUGCCACCGGAGGCCAGCCCUCGCUACCCCCAACCUUCCCCCAGAAGCACCCUCGCGUCAUCCACUCGUCGCAGUACGCCAAAGUCAUCCCUCACCUGCUGCCCAACACCCAGGCUCCUUACCGCGUUGCCGUCGUCGGUGCCGGUCAGAGCGCAGCCGAGAUCUUCCACAAUGUCCAGAAGAUCUACCCCAACUCUCAGACCAGGCUCAUUAUGCGCCAGGAAUUCCUGAGGCCCAGCGACGACUCUCCUUUCGUCAACUCCGUCUUCAACCCCGAAUACAUUGACCUCAUGUUCCCUCGAUCGGCCGCGCACCGCCACAAUCUCCUUGCCGAGGCACGCGCCACCAACUACGGUGUCGUCCGCCUCGAGCUCAUCGAGGAGCUGUACGAGACCAUGUACCACCAGCGCCGCGUCCUGGGCGUUGACAGCAAGGCUUGGCCCCACCAGAUCCUGGGCGGCCACCAGAUCAAGAGCAUCGAGCCCCGUGCCGACGGCAUCAUUGACCUCCACAUCGGCAGCCUAGCUGAUGUCCUAGCCGAGGGUGCCUCGAGCGUCGAUGAGGCCUUUGAGGCUGACCUCGUCAUCGCCGCCACCGGUUACAAGAGGACGUGCCAUGUUGACAUGCUCCGCGACACCUGGAGCCUGCUCCCCAAGAAGGGAUCUAGGUCCGACCCCACCUACUCCAAGGGCAUCACCGGAUGGGAUGUCCCCACCGACGAGGGCGAGCGCAAGAUGGCUGUCGACCGUGAAUACCGCGUGCGUUUCAAGCCCGGUGCCGUUGCUGAGGGAUCUGGUGUCUACCUGCAAGGCUGCUGCGAGGGUACCCACGGUCUCUCCGAUACGCUACUCUCGGUCCUGUCGACUCGCUCUGGUGAGAUGGUUGAGUCCAUCUUCGGAAAGAACUAA